UUCUAAAGCUAAUGUCUAAUAUUACAUUUGUUGUGACAACUUUUUACGCGUACUGAUUGGUUGCUGAAUAGAAAAUUUUUGAAUCUCUAGAAAUUAGCUAAUCAAUGCGCUUGAAAACUUUAUCGUUCGACAAAUGUAAUACCGAUCUAAAUUUGUCCGCCUGAUCCUGAUGUCGAUGUACAAAUGAAAAUUUGUCAAACAUGUGUGGAAUUUAUUUAUUAUCGAUGUAAUCGAGUUUGAUGAAAUUUAAAUGGCACGAUUGAACAUAAGGAAGAACAAUGUUUGAUCGAUGUUAAGUCGAUGUGAGUUUUUAAUCAAGAAAUAAUAAUAUUCGAGAAGAUCGCCGAUAUAAAGUGCCAGUGAAAAGAAAACUGUAGGUUACCUGUUGUUUAUACGAUGGCACAAUCGACAACAAGCGGAACUUCUUCGCGACGAUAUAUGAGGGAGCACGAGGUGCCCUCCUCGUCACGUUAUAUGGAUAGCGAAUGGGAAUCCAAGGAGGCUUUACGACAAAGGGAACUUGAAGAGGCAAGAGCACGAGCUGCACAAAUGGAAAAAACAAUGCGAUGGUGGUCGGAUUGUACCGCUAAUUGGCGUGAAAAAUGGAGCAAAGUUCGAAAUGAGAGAAACACAGCUAGAGAUGAAGCGAAAGCUCUCAGGGCAAAAUUAGAAAUUGCUGUCAAGGAUGCGAACAAUUUCAAACAUGAAUCUCAAGAAUUGGAACUGCAAAAUGACCAAUUAAAGAAAGAAAUAGAAAAAAUACAUAUGAUACUCUUGAAACAUGCUGGGCAAUUUGAUCGACAGAUCUUUACUAUUUUAGAGUCGGAUCCACAAUUGAGAGCUACCUUUGGGUUAGAUGAACAGUUAGAGUUUUAUAGUAACGUGGAAUCCAGUGAUGCGUUAAAUAUUCAAAGGGAUAGACUUUCCUGUAAAACUUUGCGUGAAGUAUCGGAUGUUGCUUUGGGAGGUUGCGAUAUCUUGCCGGAAAGAGAUAUCGAGGAAUAUGUUUUGCAAGGUGCAGUGCCAAAACAUGCGGUGGAAUUGUAUAAAGAAAGUUCUAAUAAUUCGCUAGAUAAAACUAUCGCGAAACUUGUGGAUAGUAAUGCUAAAAAAGACACGCUAGAAAAGCAACAAUUGUCUUUAGAUAUGUACAACAAAGAAUCCGUAACGCAGAAAAUGUCAACGUUGCAACUUAAAUUAGAAGAAGCGACGAAAACUAUUUCUGUAGAAAGAGAGGAAAAAGAUUCUUUACAUCGUACUGUGGAAAAAUUGAAAGCUGAGCUUAAACAAUUAAGGGAACAAUGUGAGGAACUGUGUGAGAGUAGAGCGGAUACGAUGAAAGAAUUGUCUGAGUUAAAAGAACGAUUUCAACUCGAACUUAAUGAUGAACAUAUAGCUAAUUUAAUGGACGACACUAGUAAUGGAGAGGGUAUGGAUCGUCGUUUAAGUGAAUUGAGAACAGAACUAGAGAGACUUCAAGUUGAAAAUGCAGCAGAAUGGAGUAAAAGAGAGAGAUUAGAGACUGAGAAAAUUUCUUUGGAACGAGAAAAUAAGUUGCUUCGUCUAAAAUUAUAUGAAUUGCAAGAGAAAAUGGAAUCACGGCGAUCACGACCGGUAUCUACAGCUGACACAGACACGAGGCAAUUACAGCAUGAAAUUCUAGUUCGCAAUAUGGUAUUACUUGAAGUGAAGCAAUAUCAAGCGGCAUUGAAACAAUCAUUAGCAGAAAAAACAACAGAGUUAUCGCACGCGAUGAGACGAUCCGAACAAUAUGAGGCAGAGGUAAAGCGAGUGAGAGGGAGAGUCGAGGAACUAAAGAAAGAAUUGGCCGCUGCUCAAGAUGAAGUCGACGCAGCUACGAAUAACGUACGAAAAUUACAACGAACUAAUGAAGAUCUUAUGGAACAAUUAGAGUCUGCAAAUGUGCAACUGGAGCAUUUUAGAAAUAACAAAAAUGAAUCAUGUGUAGCAGAUACUGACAUAGAAGGAGCAAUAGAACAAAAGUUUCAAGUAAACAAUUCCGAUGAAUAUGCUGAAGUUUAUGAUCAACAGCAAGCCUAGUAUUUGCUCGUGUCAAUCGCAAUGGCGAGUUUAAGUCAGAUAGUGAAAAUGCAAAUUGGAUAUGCGAUCUUCCAACGGGCCUAAAAAACGCCAUUUUUUUUAAGUUUAGCAUUGAACGUGAUUCUUCGACGAAUUGUACAUGUCGAAUAAUUAUUGUGAGUUACGCGUUUAUUGUAUUUUAUGUUAAACGUGAUACGUCAAUACUUCCAGUACGUAAGUAAAUGUAUAUAUUAAUGUAAUGUGCAAUUUUAAUUACUUGUCGAUUGAUAAGAUUGAUGGGUCAUUAUGUUGUAGUAUUUACCGUUAAACAGUCAUAUAUUUACUCAACUUAUUAAUAGAGAGAUUGUGUUCAUCUUUAUCAUUAUUUUCUGUAAAUAAUCAUUUCAUCGUCGUUUGUAAUCUUUUUUAUUUUUGUAAAUUUUAUGAAUAUACAUUUUUUUAUUAUUCUGAUAUCUAUUAGAUGCGUAAAUUACUUCGCCUUUAUCUUUAAUUAUGUGAAGUUUGAUCGUUUGAUGAAGUUAUGUUGUCAGCUGUUAGAACAUUUUAAACCUUAAAAUUACCUUUAAAACUAACUAAACAGCAAGAAGAUAUUUGAAUUUAAACCAAAAUUAUAAUUGAUUAAAGGUAAAGGCAUCGAAUUAAUUUGCGCAUCUAAUAUCUUAUAAACAGUCUAUUCUUUAAACUAUUUACAUUCCGCGUUAUUCUAUAUGUUCUUUUUUAAAAGUGGUGUAUGUAAAGAAUAUAUUU